AUGGGAUCUCCCCUUGGACCACUCCUGGCUAAUGUCUUUAUGUGUUCAAUUGAGGAACAACUCGAACAUGACGGAAAUAUGCCAUCUUAUUAUAAAAGAUACGUGGAUGAUAMCCUUACGAUUAUGCCCGACGUUAACUCAGCAAAUGAUUUCCUCAAAUUACUUAACGAACGCUAUAAGCCUUUGGAAUUUACCAUCGAGUUUGAAAAUCAGCAUGUUCUACCGUUCGUCGGAAUGCAACUGGUCAAUACAGCCAACAAGAUCGCGACCGAAGUUUAUAUCAAGCCCACCAACACUGGGUUAUUGCUGCAUUAUGAUAGUCAUGUGGAUGCGCGAUAUAAACAUUGCCUACUGAACACAAUGCUUGAUCGGGYGUGGCGCUUGUCGUCUUCGAAKGAAUCAUUCUCCCAAGAGUGCUGUCGUCUGGAAGAUGUGUUUACCAAACUGCACUACCCGGAAAACCUAAUUUUUAGUACCAUSAAGAAGUUCGUCUUAAGGAAGGAAUCUCCUAUUAACAUGGACACUAGCUCUAAGACACCKGAGAAAGUUGCKCGCAUCGUUCUACCUUUCAAGGAACAGAAAACGGCUGACWUGGUUAAAYGCCGCCUGAAAGACCUCGGUAAUAAAAUUAAUAUCGCUCUACAACCCGUUUUUACCAGCCGUAAACUUGGAGACGAAUUGAAAUAUUGCGAAAAGAAACCAACUUUAGUCAACAGGCAACGUGUUGUGUACGAAUUCAAAUGUGGCUUUUGUGAUGRGAGCUAUGUGGGRUAUACCCUCAGACAUCUACACGAAUGCUGUGAUGAACAUCGCAAUGACUCCUCAAGUAUAAAGAAACUCUUUAUACGCAAACACCAAUCUUUACCGGAUGACAUUAACGUCUUUUUCAAGAUCUUAAGGAAAUGCCAAACGAAGUUUGAUUKCCUUGUUUUUGAAAUGCUCUAUAUUAAAGAGAAAAGACCUUCAAUUAAUGUUCAGAGCGACUCUAUAAAAGCUAAAGUAUUUACCUACAAUCGUGGACAUAAAUACUUGCCAAUUUUUCGCUGGAGCAUUAAAAAUACUGUAUCGUGUGCAUAA